UUGAACUUAAGUUUCUUCCCAUUAUGGAUGCGAGAAUUCUUCGUCCACGUAAUUUACAAAGAAUAAGUUGUGUUAAGCAACCAGACGAGGCUUCUUUAAGGAGAUCUGCUAACUCAACUGUAUCUGAUGAUGACUUAAUCCUUCGGAAAAAUCUUUCAUCAGUAGUUUGGGUGCAAUGUGAUAAUCCAGAUUGCCUUAAAUGGAGAAAACUUCGAAGCGAAGUUGCCAACAACAUUACAGAAGAAACCCACUGGACAUGUAACAUGAAUGAUGACAAAAGUUUUAAUAGCUGCACAUACCCUGAAGAGAGUACCACUGCUUUUGAUAAAUUGGCAAAACGUGUGAAGUUGGAUGUAAUUAAGUCAGAGCUAAAGCCUGGCACAUUAGUUUGGGCCAAGACUAAAGGCUAUUGCAGGUGGCCAGCCAUUAUAAGUGCUGAUCCUGCCAAUGGGCUUCAUUUUGAUGGAGAUGGAAUUGAAAUCUUGUGGUAUCAUGUAGAGUUUGUGGGUGGAGAGAGGACACAUGCUUGGGUUGGUGCCAAAAGCACUGAGGUUUUUGGGCCAGGAAACACACACCUUAUACAGGAAGAAAAGCAACCCAGGCUUCCCAAGAAAAAAUCAAAGAGACAAAAAAGAUUUGGUCUUCCAGCUAGAGUAAAGGAGAAAGAUAAAGACACAUACAAGGGUGGUUACACAGUGCAUGAGUCCAUUAAAGAAGCUUUGAUUUUGCUGCCACUUUCAUUAGAGGAUAGAUUAAAAACUUGCUGGUUUACCAGUGAAAAUUUUAACCCUGCAGACAACUCUUUCAAGAAAAACUGUUUUAAAGAGACUAUCAAAUCAAAACAUCAAGAAUUAAGGAAUGAACCAAUUAAAAAUCAAAACAGAAAGUUUCAAGGAAUUGAACUGAAUGAAGAAAAUAAAAAAUUGAAGCAACAUUCUAAAAAACCUAUUAAAGAAAAUAACAACCACAGUGCAAGAAGAGAACUACAGUGUUUAGACUUUCCCACAUCACUACUGGAUGUAUCAAAGGAAGAGAGGUUCAUUCUAGACUUAGAGAUGUACACAAGAAAUCAGCGCCUGUUUGAACACGAUGUUAUCAGAUUCAUGUCACGUAAUGGCUUGAAAUUAGCCUUAGCUCCAAUCUGGCAGAAAAUGGAAGUCAGUAUAUUUAGUCUUUAUCUAGCAGUCCAUGAGCGUGGAGGUUAUAGCCAAGUGUGUGAAAGGCACCUGUGGCAUUCUGUAUAUAUGGAGGUUGUGCAGCAACCCAAUAAACAAGGAGGUUCCUUGGCAAAAAGGUUUUAUAAAAGAAAUCUCUAUCCAUAUGAGCUUUAUGUUAAUGGACAAGACUAUAGUUUUAUUGUGCAAGAGCUAGCUAGCUCUUCUAAACAAAAGUGCACAGAAGUGGUAUUCAAGCACACAUCUUGUAGUGAGGACAGGUUUUCCACAGGAGAAGAAGAGUUUGAUAGCCCAGAUGUCCUCAAACACUUAGAUGAGCUGGAUAAAAUUCUAAAAUCCUUGGAGAAUGGAGAGGAUGCUGAUAAUGAGGACAGACUUGUGCCUGUAUUAGAGACUAAUCAACAACUAAUCUCUGGGCAUGAUUGGUCCAACUAUGGGUCUCCACUUGAGAUGGAUGUGACAGGAUCAGAUAAAGGAAUAGCAGCAGAACCAGAAGAAAAAGCCCAAGUUGUGCCUGAAUUAGACUUUCCUAGUUCUGUUGAGAGCAGCGAAGCAUCUGAUGACAAUCAGAUUUUACAUGAAAUGCAGGCGUUACAAUAUGAUAUGGAUGUUCUUCAAAAUGAAAUUGAUCAGCUAUGAGUACUUGAACUACUUACAUUUAUUUUUUAAAAUUUUCUUGUUACUUUCUUUUAUGUCUAUGUGAAAACCAUUGUUGUGCCA